AUGCCGCGUACCGAUAGGAGCAGUGAUAAGGGAUCGGCGCUGGAUAAUGGACUAGCCAGGACUCCACCUAUGGGAUGGAUGUCGUGGACUGCUUUUAAAUGCGAGAUGAACUGCACCGCUUAUCCAAACGCUUGCAUCAAUGAACAACUUUAUCAGCAGAUGGCUGAUAGAUUAGGCGAGUCAAUGUAA